GUAGCAUAAUUCGAAAUUUGUAAAAAAUAAUAAACAUUCGUUACAACACUUUACAAUACUUUUCUUAAAAAUAAUCGUUUCGUAUACAGUUAAUCGUUAUUUCAUAGAUAAAAAUAAAUGUACUUCAUCGUUUUGUUUUACAAGGUCAUUUACAUAACCUAAAACAAUAGCAUUCCUGCCUUUGGUAGGGGAAAAAAGUAGUUUUGUUUUUGAAGAUCUGCGGAUCUUAACAUGUCUCAAAAGAAGAAAGUAUUAAUGGUGUGUUUAGGGAACAGUUGUCGUUCUCCAAUAGCAGAAGCAGUGUUUCGCAAUCAACUGGAAAAAAUUGGUCUUUCUAACUUUUGGGAAGUAGAUAGCGCUGCACUUCUGCGAUAUCGUGUAGGCAAAAGUCCAGAACCUAGAGCUAUGGCCACGCUCAAACAAAAUGGCAUCGCGCAGUAUAAUCACACAGCGAGACAGAUUACGAAAGAAGAUUUCCAUGAAUUUGAUUGGAUAUUUGGAAUGGACACUGGUAUAGUUUACGAUUUAUAUCAAAUGCAACCGGAAAACAAUCGAGCAAAAAUUGAACUGCUUGGUGAAUACGAUCCAAAUGGAGAAUUGAAUAUACGAGACCCAUUGUUUGAUGAGGACAGCAGCGGGUUUGAUAAGGCGUUCGAACAAGCUACUAGAUGUAUAAAAGCAUUCCUAGAACAACGUACAGCCAUGAGUGCCAAAAGAGAACAAAAGUCAGAAAGUUCGAGGAAAUCGGACAACAUGGUGGAUCCACAUCGGGAAUUUUUAGAUAUGGAUACGGACGAGGAAGAUUUUGGGCGGCAAGAAUCACCUGAAAUCGAAGAAGAACUUCCUCCGGAACCCGAAAAACCGAUAUUCACUGAGAGAGAGUUGGAUACAUUAGUGCAAUACGUAAAAGAUUUAACGAUAUUCCCUACUGUCGAUAACAAAGAUUGGAACGAGAAAUGCGACGUAACGAUACGCGAAUAUUUUGAAAAUCCCGCACACGCGGUGCUGAGCAUAUUUCACGAAGAAAAUAAGCUAACCGCCAUUUUGAAUGUUCCAAAUUACGCGCCCAAAGGGUUCGUGUACUUUCUUCGAUCACCGUGGCAAAUUUAUACGCCAGAAAAUUUUGUGAACGCUGUUUUAUUCGGAAGUAUCAGCGGGAAUAUUGAAAAUUCCGUUUUAAAAUUUUUGGAAAAUAUUUACGCGCCUGUUACACUUCGUAGCAACGACUGUACAUCGUUCAUACAAACCCAUGUGUUAUCAAAUCUUCAUGAAUUUAUUAUAUGCCUGACUGAGGAGGUUUACAAACCAAUGGGUUUGACUACGUUGUACGUUCCAAAAGAGAACGUAUUUAAUGUAUUUCCGGAGAAAAUUGACUGUUUCUUGCUCGGAGAAGAUACAAAAGCGAUCCUUUCGGAGGAAGACGAGAGGAAAAUUGAAUUGGUCGAUAGAUUGGAAAGAGUAGUUUGGUCAUGGAUCAGGCAAAUUCAUGGGGAGAAAAGAGUAGCAUCGAGUCGAACGAAGAUCGAAAGCAUACACGACGAAGUUAAUUAUUGGAACGCGAGACAUUCGAACUUAAAUUACUUAAAUGCUCAACUUCUCAACCCAGAAGUUCGAUCGAUAAUAGACACGCUUAGAAAUUUACGUUCUCUCAGCGUGAACAAGUUCGAGAAAUUAGCCCGCCAUAUUCGAAUCGGUUUAAAAGAAACGUCGUCGAAUUUGACGUACUUGAACGUUUUACUAGAUUUAUGCAAACGUUUGAACAUUUUUGGGGACCCUGAAAAUUCGAUAACGGAAGCGUUACUUCUGAUAUUAUUUAUCUGGGCCGAAUCUCCAUUUUAUAACACCAAGAAUGAUAUAGAAAUACUUUGUCGAGCGUUCAGCUCGCAAAUAAUACAUCAAUGCAGAGGUUAUGUUAACAUCGAUGUAGCAUUGGGCAGUAAUCCGGAAGAGGGAAUGAAAACACUGAAAAAAUGCAUAUUCUGUUGUGAUAUUUACAAAAUAAUUUAUGAUAAUCUGAUAACAAACGUUGUUUCGUAUAUCAAUUCUGAUAAAAAGUGGGACAUAAACGAGGCGGAAGUUUUCAAUAAAAUUUACACUUUUGAACAGAGAUGUUACGAUGUAUUUGAAAUCUGCGAGGCUUUGGUCAUAUUUGGAAGGUCGAAUAAAAUAGGAAUAUUCGGAAGUACCAGGGGAAUCGAGUACGAAGCAUAUUGGCGGGAAAUUCAAAAUUUGUUUUACGAAGUUUCGAACGAAAUUACAGUCGUUCGCGAUAUCAUAUUCGACAUUACGAAAUCGAACUGGCUGAAAAAGUUUAGACGGUUCAGGUAUACGAUUCAACAAUUAGAGAACAUGGUGAUAAAUCUGAUCGACGACAUAUUCAAGCGUGUUAAGAACAUAGAAGAAGGUGUCGAAGCAAUGUACACUUUGCAAAAAUUUAAAAAAAGGAACAACUUGUCGGAGAUGUUGCAGAACAAGUGGAUACAGAUAUGGGCGAUUUUCAACAACGAAAUAGAAUAUUGUUACACGAACGCGAUUGAUAUGCCAAAAGAGACAGACGUCGACACGAAUAUCUUGUGCAUUUCACGGUAUUUAAAAACUCAGUAUAACGUGAUGAUAAAUGCAACGGAUUGGAUGGGAGAGUGUGCCGCUGAACAAUGUACCUUGCAACGAUAUAAACACGUGUUACAUGUAAUUGACGAGAGAAGAAAUAUGUUCGAUGCUUACGGUACGCGUGGAAUGUAGCAACGAAGAUGGUGGAGUCAUUGAAAUCGCAAUAAAAGUUAACGGAU